AUGACAACGGAAUUAGAGUCUACGGGCUCAGCAAAGAGAUCCAUCGAUGAGGUGGACAAAGAAUUACUCGAUUUUACUGCACAAACUGAGGCAAUAAAGGAUGAAGAACGACAGCAAGCUCCCAAGAGAAGAAAACGUGCUUAUGAAGCUAUGACUCAGUAUUCAAAGAAUAACCAAUCACUCGAUGAAGACGAACCAGAUGGACCAGUUCCGGGUUUUAUUAAGAAAGUAAAAUUACGUAACUUCAUGUCACACGAAAAUUUUGAAUUAGAAUUAGGACCACAAUUAAAUUUUAUUGUUGGUAAUAAUGGUAGUGGUAAGAGUGCUAUUCUUACUGCUAUUACAAUCGGUUUGGGUGGUAAGACUAGUGAUACUAAUAGAGGUUCAAAGUUGACCGAUUUGAUUCGUGAAGGUACUGCAUCUGCCAAGAUUACUUUGUACCUGGAUAACAGUGGUCUUGGCUCAUACGAGAAUGAAAAAUUCGGUGAUACUAUUAUUAUUGAAAGAACCAUUAGACGUGAUAGCUCUAACGUAUUCAGUGUGAAGACUGAAAAUGGCACAGAAGUUGGUAGUAAGAAAAAGGACGUUCAGGUAAUCAUUGAUUUUUUUUCUAUUCCAAUUAGUAACCCAAUGUGUUUUCUGUCUCAGGAUGCUGCAAGAAGAUUUUUAACAGCAAGUACUUCUCAAGAUAAAUAUCAUCAUUUCAUGAAAGGUACUUUACUAGAAGAUACAUUUUUGAACUUAAAAGAAGCAAAUUCCAUUAUAAGUAACACCCAAGAAAAUAUGAGGUUACGUAUGGAGUCAUUGAUGAAUUUGAAACAAGAAUAUAAAGAUGCACGUAGAUUGGCACGUCAAUUUAGUCAGACCACCGAUCUUAAUGAAAGGAAAAUGUUACUGUAUGCAAAAGUGCUAUCCCUUGAUAUUGAAGCUAACACCAAGUCCAGCCAACGUUUGAUAGCUGAUAUUGAAGAAGAUGAAAAGUCUAUUAAGAAAUGUGAUGAAAAGAUAAAAGCCCGUGAAAACGAUAUUAGCAGAUUUGCUACCGACCAGAAUUCAACAGAAAGGAAUAUAGAAGAACAAAUGCUAGUCAUUAGUCAAAAGGAAGGAGAAUUUAGAAUGAAAAGUGAAGAUGUAAAAGAAUAUAGAAAUAAAUUUAAUAUUGAAGAUGGUAAUAUGAAGGAAGCUGAAAGAAAUAUUGCCGAUUGUAAAGAUAAGAUUAAACAUUUAAGUAAGAAAAUAACAUCCUUUGAGAAGAAACUAAGUGAGGAGAUGGGUGGUGAUAGGGAUGCUAUGAAGGAACAACUUGAACAAUUGAAAAUGGAUAUUCAAAAAGAUCGUUCUAAUAUUGAUGCAUUCACCACAACAUCCAGAGACCUUCGUAGCAAUGAAGACACCCUAUGUAACCAACGUAGAGCUGAAUUAGCUGGGUUAGAAGAGAAUAUCAGAUCAAAACAUACAGAAUUUGAGAAAGUUAAAGCAGGUAGUAAUAACUUUUUAUUUAAUUUUGACAGAAACAUUAAUCGUUUAUUAGACGAAAUUAACCGUGCCAAAAAUCAGUUUAGCACCAUGCCUAUCGGACCAUUGGGUAAUUAUGUUAGUGUCAAAAGUGAUUACAAUCGGUGGACUCGUAAUAUUCAAAAAUUCUUGUCGUCGACUGUUAGUUCCUUUGUUGUAUCAAAUCUGAAUGACGAUAGGUUAUUGAGAAAUUUAAUGAGAAAGUGUAAUAUAAGAAACAUUGGUGUGCUAAUUUACAAGAUUAAGAGGUUUGAUACAUCACCCUUCAUAAUGAAUGCGCAGUUUCCUACGGUAUAUGACGCAUUGACAUUUGACACUCCUGAAAUCCAAUGUUUAUUCAUUGAUGUAACAUUCUUGGAAAAGGUUAUUCUAGUUGAAGAUUACAAAUCAGCCAGGAAUUUCCUGAGAGGAAACCCCGGAAAGAUAAGGUUAGCUUUGUCGUUAAGAGAUCACAAUAGUGGGUAUCAACUACGUGGGGCAAACCAGUUGGAUUCGGUUACUUAUGAUUCACAAAUCAAGAUAAAGGUAGGUUCAUCUAAUGAAGAUAAUCUAGCAUAUCUAACACAGUCAAUAAAUGAGGAUAGACAUGAAGUAGAAAAAAUUAAAGCACGCUAUGAGACAGCAUUGAACGAAAAGAGGACUGAAAUAAGGAACGCAGAAGAUAAAAUAAAAGCACUAACAAAGGAUUUGAGGAGAAAGAAUAAUGAAAUCACACAGCUAUCCAUAAAAGUAAAUGCUGUAGUGGAUACGGGGUUGUUGACAUCUAUGAACGAGGAAAAGGAGAAUCAAGAAAAAGCAAUUGUUGUUUAUCAAAAUUCAAUUAAAGAAUUGCAAUCAAGGCUAGACAAGAUUACUGAAGAGGUUGUUCCAGUAAAAGAGAUGUAUGAUGCAGCUAAAAGGGACCUUCGUGAGGCUAAUAAUGCUCUGGACGAACUUAAAACAUCUGUGAAUAGAAGAGCAGAUAAGCUUGAGAAGUAUAAGGCUGAUAUAAAGAAAUACGGUUAUCAAAAGGAAAAAUAUCGUGAUAGAGUUGUAUCUCUUCGACAAAAUAGUGAGAUAUUGUUAGAAGGUAUUGAAAAACAGAGAUUAAACUUGCAGCAAGUUUGUAGUAUAGAAAGGUUGGAAUCCGAAAACCUCCCUAAUGAUAAAGAGGAACUGAAACAAGAAAUGGAUAAGAUUGAUAGAGAUAUAAAAAGAGCGGAAAAUUCUAUUGGUAUCUCUCAAGAAAGAGUUGUUGAGUUGUUUAACGAAAGCAGGACUAAAUACAAAGAAGCCCAUAAAAAAUUGACAAUUAUCGAAACAACGCUGGAGAAACUACACGAAUCAGUAAAAACUCGUGUUUUUAAUUAUAAAACAAAUUUGAAUGAAACCUGUCUUAGUGCAACGCUUGACUUUAUUUCAUCAUUAAAGAUGAGAAAGUUGACAGGUAAGUUGGUAUUUAUUAAAGAUCAACAUAGCCUUGAAAUAUAUGUGUCGACUCCUGGUGAUGCUACAGAGAGAAGUGUAGAUACAUUAUCCGGUGGUGAAAAGUCAUAUUCUCAAAUGGCAUUACUAUUGGCUACAUGGAAACCAAUGCGUUCGAGGAUUAUUGCACUUGAUGAAUUUGAUGUCUACAUGGAUCAAGUCAAUAGAAAGGUCGGUACCGGUUUGAUUGUGAACAAGUUGAAGGAUAAUUCAAGAACUCAAACAAUUAUCAUCACACCUCAAGAUAUUGGGAAAAUUACGGACAUUAAUGAUACUAGUGUUAGGAUUCACAAAAUAAAGGAUCCGAAAAGAAAGAAUAAUUCAGAUAAUACUUCAAACUGA